UUAAGGUGGUGGGAGGGGGGGGGGGUGAAAGCAACAAAAAUAAAUUCAUGACAAUGGAUUCGAAUGACAAAACCCAAACAUACACAAUUUAACGUUUAAGGGCGGUUGGAAAACAUUUGAAUAAUACAAAUUCCUUACUUGCCGGGUAUUUAUUUUGGAAUAAUAUUGCUGCCGCGGACGACGGAUCGCUGCUAAACAAACGACUGCCGGAAUGUAGCCAGUAUUUACAUCAUGUUUUUGUUUCGCCCAGUUGCCGUUGCUCGCUGCUUACUUCGGACAAGUUUCCCGUUGAUUUGAAAUAUUUGCCAAUGUUUCUCUCUGUCACCGGACAAACGGGUGCCCUCAAUUCACGUACGCAUUGAUUAUUUUCUCUGCAUAUACGUACGGUCGAAAUUUCGAUAAUUUUAUUCUUUCUGCAUGAUGAUUGGUUGCAGUCAACUGGCGGCCGCCUCGCCGGUAGCUCGCAUUAAUGCGUUACAUGCACUUUUGUUUCCAUAAAAUAGCCCACUUCGAUUUGCACCACCGUGCACCGUGUCCAGGCACGGUGGGCAGAGGCUUAACCCGGGGCCCGAAAGAAAUAAUUCGGCAAAAAUUUAAAUAAUUCGUCGUCAAACCCUCGGUCGCCUAACUUCACCUUCUUCGGGAGUCAUCUGUUGCGCUCAAGUCGUUACUCUGUUGUCCAAAAAACAUUGUUCCGUUUUUCUUCCCAUGAUUGGAUUUAUGGUAACGAGGUCAGGAAUUUGCUUGUGGUAACAGAUUACAAUAUUCGUUUGCAAUAAAAGAGAAAUGCAAAUUGUGACUGUUUGUACAUAUCGUUGUUUUUUUGUGGUCGCUCGCUCUGUGUUCUCUCGUUUAAGCGAAUGAUGGCCCAAACUGCUAUAAACCAUCCGGACAACAACAUCCGGAAGAUAGUGGAAGGGUUCACCUUACCAAUUCCGACCACCUUACCUUACCACCUUCGCGUAACAAGUUCAUAAAUUUUAAAACUCGCUGCUCUUGAGGCGGUUCAAAGCAUUGUAAAGAAACACACUUUUGUGCUGUUUCGAGUUUUUCUAACACAAAAUUGCCUACAACUAACUAGACUCUGAGCUACACCUGGCAGUAACUCUGUUCAUCGCGUUCUCUAUGCUAUGGCUAAUACCAAUCACACACCGAAACGCCGGAAGCGAAACCAAUUUGAUGGCUUCAAUUCGAAAAGGGCAUAGAUGAUCGAGUAGCUCAAUAGCUGCGAUAUGACACCUGCCUCCUAAUGCACCUGUCAAUGAAUUUCAGCCACAAAUCGUCGAUCGCUUCCAACCCAACCGAUGCAAUUGGCCACAGAUAAUCCGGAACAAACUACAAACUCAUCUCCAUCAUGCUGUUGUGUAAAGCGAUAAAUAAUUAAAACGUAUUUAUUUCUCACACUCGCUAAAGUAUGUACGUGAGUUCUUUAUUUUAAACUUAUUUUUAUUUCCAUAUCAACAAUCGUUUCGCUUAACGCACUGGUUGGUCCGACAUUACAUGACAGGCUUCGAAGUAAAAGUGGUGAACACGCACGCGCUGCGAAUUCCAUGGAGCAGUGAAAAAGUGACGAUCAUUAUAAAACCAUUUCUAAUCAUUUCUAGCUCAUGGAAAUUUGAACGUUUUGUUUAGUUCGCCAGAACCUGGUGAGGCAAACUCCGACGUUCAGUAAAACAACCAACGCUGCAAACAAUUCAUCGCCGCGCUUGCAAUGGAAGCGUUCCGACCACACAGCAAACUGACGGGGUGCUUAAUGAUUGGAGUUGUCCUUUCAACACUGCUCAGAAAUGCACCAACAAGCAGCGCCGGUGCCUCUUCAUACUCGAUAAAAAUUAAAAAGUAUGAUUGCAUCGAUACGCCCUACAAGGAAUCGACGCUUUACACCUGCAAAAGUAUUCCUCGGCGAAACGCACCGACGAUGGUGAACAUUUCUAUAAACAUUCACAAAAUAUACGAUGACGUUUUGGUGAAAGUGAUGCUGUUCUAUAAGUUUAGCACCUACCAACCAUUUAUGAUCUCGAUAUUAGGGAACGGCUGUGAGUUCAUACGACAUCCGCCACAGGUAAGCGUCGAAAAGUACGUUUACGACAUCAUCAAUGAAACGCUUCCAGAGCUGCUGGUUCCGUGUCCUACUGGGAAUCGCAUCUACAACUUAUCCUGGUACCUUCAGGAUCGACAUGCUCCGAAAAACAUUCCACCGGGAGAUUACAAGCUGCAGUUCAAGCUGAUAGCUCAGCCGGACAUAACCUUGUUUGGAAUGGAAGCUUACAUCGCAGUGCGUACCGUUGGAGUCGUUUUGCCUUUUGUGAACCUGUGAUACGUACACUGGUAACAGGAGCUCCAGGCACAAAAUUACAUUAUGAAUUCUUCUAACAACACUUCCAUAUCGAAUGUUAACUGUGAGUGAUUCGCACAAUAUAUGUACCUGAGGUGGUGGAAAAGCGAAAACUUGCAACACGUGUUUUUGUUUAACUUUAUUCACCUAAAUAUACAAGAUUUUACGAUACACAGCCUUGUCCUACAAUUCGCCAUUUCAACAUUCCGUGUACGGACCUAAGACCGGUAUCGCGGAGCGUCGAUUCAAAUGGGGCAAAGCUUCGCAAUUCAGCGGAUUGUUGAUGAGAUUUAA